AUGUUUGGUCGGGGGGAGUGCUCUCAGAAAUGCUACUACAUUUUCAUCGUGGAGACCGUCUGCGUGGCCUGGUUUUCCCUCGAGUUCUGCCUGCGGUUUGUCCAGGCCCAGAACAAGUGCCAGUUCUUCCAAGGGCCCCUGAACAUCAUAGACAUCCUGGCCAUUUUCCCUUACUACGUGUCCCUCGCCGUGUCAGAUGAGCCCCAGGAGGAUGGCGAGCGGCCGGGAGGGAGCUCGUACCUGGAGAAGGUGGGGCUGGCGCUGCGCGUGCUGCGGGCCCUCCGCAUCCUCUACGUGAUGCGCCUGGCGCGCCACUCGCUGGGGCUGCAGACGCUGGGCCUCACGGUGCGCCGCUGCACGCGCGAGUUCGGCCUGCUUCUCCUCUUCCUGUGCGUGGCCAUCACCCUCUUCUCCCCUCUUGUUUACGUGGCUGAGAAUGAGUCUGGGCGGGUCCUGGAGUUCACUAGCAUCCCGGCCUCCUAUUGGUGGGCCGUCAUCUCCAUGACAACGGUGGGCUACGGAGACAUGGUACCCAGCAGCGUGCCGGGCCAGAUGGUGGCCCUCAGCAGCAUCCUGAGCGGCAUCCUCAUCAUGGCCUUCCCGGCCACGUCCAUCUUCCACACCUUCUCGCACUCCUACCUGGAGCUCAAGAAGGAGCAGGAGGAGCUGCAGGCCCGCCUCCGCCGCCUGCAGAACGCGGCCACGGCCGGUGAACACGAUCUCCUGAGGGACGUCAGUGACCUGAGCCUGGAGGGCCCUGCUUUGCCCAUCGCAUACAUUUAA